AACAUUGCGCCUUUUGUCCUCAGACUACGAGAGCUUAGUCAUCUCCACAAGCUCAAGGUAAAGGGAUAUUACGCUUUUGGCUGCAAACAACCUUCUGUUUAAUGUGAGGAAAUGUCAGACCCAGGCCAUCAGAAUCCGGUGGCGGGUAAUUCAUCAGCGACAACCAGUUUCCCUAAAGUGAGGUGAACGAUGACACAGCCAGAUGUAAUGAACGACUUCCAGACCAGAUUGUGUCACUGGGCUCCUAAACCAUGACUGUGCUGUGUGUGUCUCUAACCCUCUGUGCCGUCCUGAGCCUGAGCGGAGCUGCAUCGCUCAACUCCACCGUCAUCUCUUUUCCCUGGAGUUUGUGCGAGCGACACAGACAUAUUCCCCCAGAUAUUAUCGGUGCCUACAUCCCACAGUGUGAUCUUGAUGGCAACUUCAGCCCCCGGCAGUGCUGGGCAUCGUCUGGAUACUGCUGGUGUGUGAACACCCAGACCGGAGAGGAGAUCCCCGGGACAAGAACACCUCCAGGAACUCUGCCGUUGGACUGUGAGCUCCAUGCAACCACGGAUGAAACGGCGGUUAUGAACAACUUCUGCCCCACUGGUUGGUCCCGGUUCGGUAUGCGGUGUUUCAUUUUUAUCACAGUCCCAAAGAUGUGGAUCGAGGCUCAGGUUUACUGUCUGUUUGAAGGCGCCACACUGGCAUCAAUCCACAAUAAUGAGCAGAACCGCUUCAUCCAGGCCUUGACCCGGGGAGAUGGCUACGAAUUUCCCAACACCUGGAUAGGAGGGACUGACGGCAUCCAGGCAUGUCUUUGGCUGUGGAUAGAUGGUACCAGGUUUGACUAUAACAACUGGAACUGGGGUGAAGAUGACCACCAAAACGCAAAUUGUCUGGAAAUAAACUACGGAGCUUCGUUGCGCUGGAGGGCCAUGUCAUGUGAUACCAUAUUACCUUUUGUGUGUGCCAAGAGGAUCUGAAGUGACAUGCUUUUUGACAAGCCUGUAAAUUUCCAGGCUAACUUUGUUUACUAUUUGAUUAAUUUUAAUGUAGACAUCUUGAUCAGGCAUAGUGGAUAAGAUGUUACACAUUUGGUUUCAGGUAGUGAUUUUGCAACAUUUGAAUUAAACAGACCUGCAUUGCAAAUAAAUAAAUAAAAUCUGUCACUUUAAG